CAUCAAAAAUGAUCUCAUUACACACAAAAGUUUCGUUGUUUUGUUGCUUUAAUGUUCUUUGCACAUUUUAAUUUAUUUGUUGUUGCACUUUUGUUUUCUUUGGGAUCUUCCGGAAAAUGGCAAAGUCAAAGAAGUCGAAAUUAGCUGUUAGCCAAGGCCAGUAUACCGGCAAGGGAAACCCAAGGAAUGCUAAGGGAAUCCCGAAAAUCGGCAAGGAUGCGCCCGAAACUGUCGUGGCAGUACCGGUCAGCAAUCAAGACUCGUUGAUUUAUGUUGUAGAUUACGCUAAGACAGCCGAAUCCACUCCUACCUUGGACGAUAGCACGGCAUCCCAGUCUAUGCACACAUCUGCCUCUCGGAGCAAGGGUUCUAUAUCGCAGGCUUCAUCACUUCCUUCCACACGAGAAAAGCACACUGAAGCCAUCAACAGCAAGAUCCGGCUACUAAACCUGGAUUUGCACCGUAGCGGGCCUCCUGUCUCCUAUACAAUAUAUAACCUAAAAAAGCGACCAGUUGAAGGAUAUGUCGAAAUACAGCCAGAGCCAAUAGAAGCUACCAAUUCCUUGGAAAGCGAAGAGGUCGAGGAAGAGCAAUCCGCUAGAGAUGAUGAUGAUUUCCCUGAUGACAGUGUUCUCAGCGAAGGAGAAACUUACGAUUUGAGCUUGAUUAAACUUAAGUCCGACUCUGACCGGAACAUAAAGGUGCGCUUCGGCCUGCUGAACGGCAUCAGGAAUAUUCCGGAAUGGGACGAGCUCAGUGCCACGACCACUGUUGCUGGAUCGCCGGCGGAAGCGGGCAGCCUAAUGGGCGAGUUCCGAGAUCCGCUGGAUGCCACCUCCUCUGUCUUUCCAAUAGAAGAUACAUCGUUGCAGGCGGAUCACGAGGACUUGGAGCUUUCUUCCUUAGAAGAUCCUAGAAGUAGUUGCAGAACAGAUUCUCAGGCACCCAUUCCAGACAUGAGCUCAGACUCGGAAUUGGAGUCGCAUGACGAGGCUGAUAAGUGGCAGGUGGUCAGGCAGCCGCGGCAGGUUAGAGUGGAUCCCAUACAGGAUUUCAUUAAAGUAAAACCCGUGGAAUCGUACAUCGAAACGCCUUGUGAGCAACACCGGCGAGAUUUGCUAAGCAGUCAAAAUAUCCAAAUCUACCUUUACGAACUCGUAGACCAAGUGGUGGAGCGCAUAGAGGCAGUGGAGUAUCAGCUGAGGAAGAACCUGGACAAGCACAAGCUAUUGGAGCGCCUCUGUGCUCUAGUCGAGGAAGAUUUCAGCGAGAGAAGUAAGAACAAAUAUUUGAUUAAUCUCCUGACUGGGCACCACUUGCGUCGCUUCAAGUACUCCCUGAUCACACCGGAACCCAACUCCUCGAUGAACGAGGGAAACUGGCAACGUUGCCAGAGCGCCCUCAACAAGUUGGACUGCCAGAUGAAGAAAGAGCAGGAGGCCAAGGAAAUUUACGUGACUGAGAGGGAUCGAUUGCAGGCUGAACUGGUAAAGAAGCAGUCUCAGGAUGAAAAGGAGAUUAAACGAAUGGAGGAUCUCAUCCAGGAAACCCUUUUGCCCCAUACUCCAGUGCCGGAACGCCUAGAGCUUGUACUAGACCAUGUCUUUCGUCAAAUGAGAAAAAAACGAAAUGAAAUAUCCGAGACUCGCCUUAGUUUGAUCAAAGUGCAGCACAUCAAUUCCUAUGUUAUGAAGAAACUCGAAGAAACGGAGACCAUAGCUGAGGGACUGACAUUGCACACAUAUGAAGCCGCCACAGUGCAGGUUAACAGUUUGGCCAGCAGCGUGAGUGCUAAGACCGCGGAGCUGGAGCGACUUUACACUUUGUUUUGCAACAAAAUCCACACCAUAUCGCAUCUGAGGUGCCGGCGCAAGUUGCUGAGUCGCACGGUUCGGGUGGCCAAGAACGAGCUGUUCCAACUCAGGAAGACGCACUCCGACUUACGGGCCAAAGUGUAUCAGAGCCAUGUGAAGCACAACCAACUGCUGGCCCAAAUUCGGGAGGUCAGGUAUAAGGGCGGCCUAAUGAACUAUCCACUGCUGCUGAUGGAUUUUGAUAAAACGGAUAAACUGGUGACAGAUAAAAGGGAGAGGGUCAGCCUGUUGAGGGCACACCAUGAUAUUCUUCUGGAGAAAAUCGAGGAGAUUGAAUCGACGAUUCAACGAUCGCUGUCAAACAUCUUGUAGGCGACUUUAAUAA